AUGGAUUUUUCAAAUAAUAACCUUUUUAUUUAUACUUUAGAAGUAUUAUUAAUUGUUUUCUUUAUUGUAUUAUUAGUAAAAUACAAUAUAAUAAAAAAAAAUUUAAAACAACUAAAUAGCAAUAAUAAUAAUAAUAAAAAUAAUAAUAAUAAUAAUAAAAUUAAUAAUAAUAAAAAGAAUAAUAAUCAUUAUCUACUAAUAGUAUUAGUAGAAUAUUUAUUUUUAAUAGUUAAAUUUUUAAUAGUUUUUAUUUUAUUUUAUUCUGUAUAUUUUACAUUUAAUAUAGUAUUAAAUGAUGUAAAUAUUAUAUAUAAUCAUCUCUCUUCAGAAGAGAAAUGUAAAGCAUGGGAGCUCUGUAUGGAUAGAGAUCCUCCAAAAUCACUAAAAUUUAAAAUUUUAGCAGAAGUUUUGGAAAGCUCCAUUUCAAGUUUGUCAUAUAAAGCUAUGGCAUUUUUAUUUUUUAUUAUUUGGAUGAUGGUUUGGAUUCCUUCCAAAAUUUUUGAUAACUUUAGAAGUUAUUUAAAUUCAAAUCUUCACCACCAAAUUGAACCACAACCUAAGGCAAUCUUUGUCAAUAUCUUCAUGAUAAUUACAAUUGAUAAAAUUGUAUUGAAUAAACUUUGUGAUGAUUCGCUAAAUUGUGUUUUUGAAUAA